GGGGAGGAUUUAAGUUGUUUCAAAUGUGCUUUUAGGUUAUCCUCACUUCGAAGAUUUCUCAAACAAAUUGAAUGAAAUCUAACUUGUUUUAUGAACGGCUACAAAGCUUAUCGAUUAUUGAUCUUUUCCAUUUCAUCUUCCGCAGGUGUCAAUUAAUCCACUUUCCGAACAGCCCAUUUUAAAUUAACUUGAUUUAUAUAUUGAUAUAACCCGUGCUCGUCUGCUGCCGCUCUUGGGAGCCAAUUAGCUGCAGGAAUUCUAUAGUCUGCACAAACUGCCAAAGAGUGAAGUUCGAACUUGGAAGAAAAAAAAAGAAACGAAGACCUAGAAGGAGAUCGGCGUCUUCAUCAAAAUCAAUUCAAUGGCGGAGGCAGAUAAGAAGCAGCUGAAGCUGUAUUCCUUCUGGAGGAGCUCCUGCUCUUUCCGCGUUCGAAUUGCCCUCAACUUAAAAGGGCUUCAAUACGAAUAUAUACCUGUUAAUCUCCGCAAGGGAGAACAAUUGACUCCUGAAUUCAUCAAGGUCAAUCCUAUUGGAUAUGUACCAGCCCUGGUUGAUGGUGAUGUUGUGGUGUCUGACUCUUUAGCUAUUUUGAUGUAUCUAGAAGACAAGUACCCUCAACAUCCUCUCCUACCAUCAAAUCUUCAUAAAAGAGCCAUCAAUUAUCAGGCCGCAAAUAUUGUUUCCUCAAGCAUUCAACCUUUUCAGCUAGUCGCACAGAAAUAUGUUAAGGAUAAAUUCGGUGUAGAUGAGGAACUUUCUUUUGCUAGAGACCAUAUUGGCAAAGGCUUUGGAGGUAACUGAUGCACUAAAAUCACUUUAGCAAG